AGAAGCGGCAGUCAGCGGGGACGAUAGAGAUGGGGAAAGGCUGGAUUCACAGGCCGCGUUUAAAAACGUAACACCAUGAUUCCCCUCUGUAGAAGAAGCAACUAAAAAUACAUACAUGUAAAUAUAUAUUUAAAAUUUAGGGCGAGAAUUGGGGACGCUCUGGCCGUUAGCAUCUCUAUGAUGGUCCUCCUUUUCCCCUCCUGGGCUGCUACACUUUUGAUAGGACAGAGAAAUGAAUGGGAAAGGAGUUCGGCUUUGAACCGGAAGUGUUGUUCUUCAUGUUGCCCGCCGGCUGUGCAAGUAGGUUGGUUUCCCAGCUCACUCAGGCCUUGGAAGAAUGCACAGAGAAACAGCAGCAGCUGCAGCAGGACCUCGCACAAUGCCGUGCUGUUCUUGGAGACUGGAACUCGCAAACUCCUGACGGCCCCACAACCAAGGACUGCAGCGGCGAUCAGCAAGAGAAGGAGCCCUCGGCUGAGGAGCUUCAGGAACUGGAGCUGCUUAAUAAAGCCCUGGAGAAAGCUUUAAAAAUCCGAACAAGAUUCCUGAGCCAGGUUCCUCUGCGUGAGGCUAAGGAUGACACCAAAGCGUCAGAGAAGAAACCUGUCGCCCACGUUGCGGUCAAGCAGCAAGGGGUGAAUUGCAAGGAGAGCGUCUCCAAGUCGGUCAAAAUGAUGCCUGUUGGCCAAAAGCCCGCAUCCCCCCGAAAGCCCCCGGCGUAUGUGCUGAAAGCGCCCUACCGGACUGAUCCAAUCGUGAAAAGGCCAUGGGGGAAAGCGUCAUCCAGGCUGAGUGGCAGGGUCUCAAAAGGCUCUGUGAAGAAGUCACCCCGAGGUGCUGCCUCUCCAAAAGCCAAGGUGCCUAUAAAAGUAACUCAAGUGGAAUGCAGAAAGAUCUCUGUGGCAGAAAGUCCCAGAAUGCCCCCUGGCAAGUCCAAUUCCCUUCAGGAUGCAAUGCAAAAUUCUUUGCUCCAGGGCUCUACCGGUGGGGGAGACUUUGCAAAUGCCAGACCAUCCUGCCUUGGAACGGAGCAGUGCCUUUCAACAGAAAGCACCCCAAGGGUGCUCACAGAACAGACAUCCACCCUCCAGGAAAAGGGGUCUUUGUUGAAACUGCCCCAUCCGUACAGAAAAGCCUGUUCCAAACUUGCCAGGCUGUGGGAAGACAGCUACCUUUGCCAGAUGAGCCCAGAAGCGGCCACUGCGCGGGAUUGCUUUGUGGAGAAGCUGCAAGCGACUUUCUGCUCGCCUUCACCAUCUUUCAGCCUGGUGGAAGCAGAAAAGGAACUGACAUCUCUACGUGGUGUCUACUCCCUUCUGAGCCAGAGCGUGGCGACUGAGACGCCGGCUUCUCUUGGGGAAAACCCCACUUGGGAGCGAGAGUAUGAAAGUCUUCUGGCUUUGGAGGGCCUCCAACCUCUGGUUUCCCAGUGCCUGGGGAAGGCAUGCCAGCUGCAGGAAGCCGUGGAGUCCCACAUGCGGUUUUUCCCGGCGGAUUCCGCUCGCCACAAGGCACGCCCCUCCCCUGCGGAGGAUCCCUUUCUCUGGCGGCGAAGGAGCUGUGGGGCAAAGGUGUUUGGGCCCCCAUCCCUGCUUUAUUACUCCAGCCUGGAGGAGCUGCAGCAGCUGGAAGCCUUGAGGCUGCAGGUGGCCAUGCUGAGCCAGCAGAUUGACCUGCAGAAGGCCCUGGAAGGCGAGCUCCUCCCCCUUCUUGAACCCGGACUCGCUCUGCAAGGCUCCCACGCUUCCCUGUACCGGGCUAUUUACACACUGUUGUGCGAGGGGGGCGAGCGCUUCCCUGCCCUUGUAAACGAGGAGGACCUGUGCAGUGGCCUGGAACCCUGAACAAAUGGCACACCGAGCAACACUGUGAGUUCCCCACACUCCUUUCUUCUCUCCUGUGAAUGAACAGGGCUCCUGUUAUGCUGAUUAAUGCCUUUCCUGUAUGUACACGAAAUAAAAUUAUAUUUUUUCAGA